AUGGGACAACAUUCAGGUCAACCACAAGAGAAAUCAAAGUCGGUUCAUGAUUCAGCAACGGGAACAACGAUCAACAAAUUGGUUCAGCCAACAGCAUCUGAUCAAAAUGCUUCCCAACAGAUGUCACAUCCCUUGGGAAAAACCAGCAGUCAGAUGGUCGAAGCUCAGAAUCAUUUCCAACAAGUAUUAUACCCUACCAGAAAUUCGACUUCUGUUGGACAGGAGCAAGCAAAUGCAGGAUGUACAAGCAUUUUUGACUUAGUUGAGCAAGAAGAUGAUCGACUACACAAGAAGCAGCGAUACCUCCCAAUGUCCUUUCAGCCAUCUCAUACCUCAGUUUUGAAGGAGCAAGAAGUUCUAACCGGCAAAGCGCCUGUUAAAAAAGAUUCAGGAACGUUAGUCUCUAAACCAGGGAUGUGUGCUCUACGAUUGGCAAACUACACAAGGCAGAUGCAGCUAAGGCCCCAGGACAACAACAUUGAGUUUUGGAGAAGCUUUGUAGCUGAGUUCUUUCUCCCUGAUGUCAAGAAGAGAUUGUGUGUUUCUUCAUAUGGCAGAAAACCUGAUGGCGUUGUUGAUAAGGGGGAGUGGAUUUGCAACUUAUGCAAAGUAACGCCUGGUCAUGGUUUUGAUAUUACUACUGAAAUACUACCAAGGCUGUUCAAAGUCAAGUACGAGAAUGGUGCCAUAAAAGAGCAUUAUCAUCUUGAGAUGCCGAUCGAGCACAAAUAUUCAAGCAAUCAAACUGUCCUGCAAUGCGAAAAAGUAACACAUGAGACUGUGUUUCAGCAACUACGUGUGUAUCAUGUAGGCCGGCUUAGAGUUGCAUUUUCUCCAGACUUAAAGAUUUGCUCAUGGGAUUUCUGUGUUCAACAUCACGAUGAGCUUAUACCAAGAAAAGAACUUCUCCCCCUGGUAAAUGAACUUGGACUGAUAUCAAAGAAAUACCACGAUGCUAAGAAGAAUUCAGCGUUGCCUGCUCAAGAAAUAGAAGCUAGCAGCAGUGAAAAGUUCUCAAACUCAGUUAGCCAGUUAACAAAGGCUUUGCAGCCUAUUGUGAAUGAACUGGGAUAUGAAAAGCGAUAUAUGCGACAUCUUCAGACAUCGGAAAUCAUCAGCUCUAUGAAAGAUAUAGUGGAUUAUAGCAGCAAAUUUGGCACUGGACCUAUAGAGAGCAUGGCCAAGUUUACUCAUUCAUUCAACACUCGGAACCAUUAUUCUGCUCAACAGCAGCAACAGCCUCUUGCAAAUGACCAAAGUUCCGCACCAGCAGCUUCUCUUCAUCUUUCAGCUCUGAGCAAAGAUCAUGCCAAAAAUCCCACAAAUCAGCUUCUUUCUGCUGGUCAAUCAACUAUCAAAGCACCUCAAACAAGCCCUUUCUUCUCUAUGGCACCAUCAUCAUCAAAAGUCCCCCAUCAUACGGAUACCAGCAGCCUGGGAGGUGAAUCAUCUUUGGCAAUUCUUCAAGACUACUUGAGGAAAAAUCCAAAUCUUGGUAAAGAUGCAAGUUUUAAAGGAGCUGGCGAUGCAGAAAAUAUGGGUUUCAGUUCUCCUUCUGCUAGCGGAGUUGGUUCUUCCAGAAGCAACGUUCAGCAGGAGGAUGAUUUUGAACAGCGAUUGAUGUCCUUUUUUGAUGGCAAAUUCGCCUCCUCGAAAGGUUUCCAGUCCAAUUGAAUAUUGUCCUCCCAACAUUUCCAACUGGUGUUGUUUUCUAUCUAGAACUUGUUGU